AUGAGUGCAAGCGUAGCAGAUAAUGCUUCAGAAAGAGAAAUGAUUGAAUUUUCAGAAGAUGAGCAUUUGAGUUUCUUUUAUAAUAUUGAUCAAGUAAAAUGAUUAUCAAUAAGUAGAUAUAUACUGAAUUACCAGGAGUUAUAUCUAAUUAUGGAACAUUUGCAUAGUCCUUAUUGAUUUGCAGACAAUUGAGUAAUUAGAUUAUCAGGAAUUCAAUUGCAGAAGCAUAAGAGAGAGUAUAUAUACUAUUUACAUCAAUCAGUUCAUUUUAAGAAAUAUUCCUAUUAACGCAAUUAAUGAAUUAUAGGCUCAAACUAAUUUAAUAUUGAAUUGCAAUUUAAAUGACGGGGGUAUCGAAGAGGAAACUUGUCAAUUAGAUGAAGAUUAGGAACCAGUAAUAAACUACAAUUUAUUUAGGAACCAAUCUAUAGUGAUAGAUGGAGAAGGAAUAGAGUUUUAGUUAUGCCAGGUAUUUAGAUAUCUUAUUUUUAUAGAAGUAGAGAGUUAAGAAAAAGAGGAUAUAGAUGACAAAUUAAAUAAUGAUAAUAGCAAAUCUAUUUCGAAAUCAAAAUUAUUUGAUACUAGAAAAAAUACAGUUAGACUUCCUACUACUCCUCCUCCCCCGAAUCAAAUGGCAGCUAAGUUAAUCUAAGUUUAUUAAGAAGAAUUUGAGGAUGAAUUUGAAGAUAAACUUAGAAAUGCUAAAUUGUACGAGAUGAAGAAGAAGAAUGAAAUAGAGUAAAAAAAGAAAGAAGAUAAAUUAUAAAGUCAAGUAUAACAAUUUACUCAUAACAGUAGAUAGAGAAAAAGGAUGGGGCCACUUAAAAAUAUACCUAUGAUUUUGAUGGAAAAAUUAUAUUGGCUAGAGCAAUUAAAAUGGACAAAUUGUAGCCUACCAAUCAAAAAUUGAGAGUUGAGUUGAAAGAUUAAACUAAACAAGAUCAAUAACCAAGUGUAAAGAAGGGAGGAAGAAGGGACUCAACCAAAGUCAAUAGACCAUAAUGUCCAGAAUAGGAAAUACCUAAUAGAGUAUCUUAUUAAGAUAUAAGGUUAUAUAAGAACGGAGGGAUGCUGCAAAAGAAGUAAUUGGAGACAAAGCAUUAAGAAUUGAUAAAACUUCUUAAUUUCCUUAUGAAGUAUUUACAAUGAAUAAUGGAGUAAAAUUAUACUAUGAACAAAAAAUGAAGGAAGGGGUAAGACAUUAAAUUAGUGAUUCAGCUGAAAAUUUGUAAAUUAAAUUAUCAGGGUCUAAUUUAGUAUCCGGAGAUGAUGCAGCAUAAUUUGCAUCAUAAAUUAGAUUAACAAAGGCAGAAUACUAAUUAAUUACAGAUGCUCAGACCUUACAAUAAACUAGAUAAUAAUUCCUGCCAUCUGAAAACAUUAAUAUUCCUGAUCAUGACCAGUAAGUUACUCAACAAUCCAUCUUACUAAAAAAAAAUAAAGCAAACUUAAGCAAUCCCAAUCAUCUUACUGACUCUAAAUAAGUCUAAUUUAAUGCUGGAAUGUCAUAGUUAAAUCCAUUCAAAAGAGAAAGUCCCAUUCUGCAAUCUGCCCAGACUGAAAGAAUAUAACUUAAGAAUGUUAAAAUGAUUGAAAAUCUAUUAGUCACUGGUGUUCCUGAUACACCUAAAUCAUCGAAACCUGAUUAACCGCCUAUAUCCCUCCCUGAUAAUGCUUCUACGUAUAAUUCCUAAAUUAAUAGAGUAAUCCAAUUGAUCUUUUCAAUUAAUAAUUACUAAAUCAAAAGGAAUGGGGUAAACAAGGUGGAGGCAAGACAUCCUACUUCCCUCCAGUUAAACAAUAGAAGAGAUCUUUAGAAACUAAAGCAUACAAAGGAUCGUUAGAACAAAUGUAAUUGAUUUCAAAAUUAAAUAGGUACAAAAUGCCAAGGGAGAGAUUAGUUGCUUAAACUGGUAGAACUGCGAUGAACUUUUACAAAUAAAACUCUGAUGGUAUAUUUAUUCUUAUUAUGAUUUUAAAGGAGCCAAGAAAAUUGGGAAGUCAGUCAGCGAUGGAUUUAUGCAAACCUUUUAUACAACUCAUACAAAAUUCAGCGAAAAACUUAGAUAAUGA